AUGCCAAAAGCCCUCCCAGCCCUCUUUUCAAGCGCCACUCUGGGAUUGGUGUGCAAAGAUUGGUGCCGCGACUACCAGCUGAAGACUGAAAUGUCGGGUCUGACGGACAGCACGCCGGUAGGAGGAGGCGGCAGUAGCGGGGAUCACCUGGAGACCGGUGUGGAUCCAUCGAGACCGCCUACGGGGCCGCAGUCCCAGGCCUCAGGAUUACGAUUCGCAGGCAAACGGCAGGUGACUAUCCAGAACCUUGACCUCACCCCCCUACGACUGGACGAUCCCCCUUCCCAUCAUACCUCCGCCUCUUCCAACGCCAACACUAACCCCUCGUCGAAGCCUACUCGCGUCCGCCUCCCACCGCUCACCAGCAUCGGCGCUGCUGAAGCCUCCACCGGCAACUUCUCCGUCCUUCGACAUGAUCGCGGCGGGGCCAACAAACCUAAUGAUCGCAUGAGCACCGGACCUGUUGAUCUCGCUGCUGCUCAACGCCAACUCGAUGAUCAGCAAUUGGAUGACAGCCAGCGAGAGCGCAUUGAGGAAUUUCUGCGUUGCAAGAAGGACAUCCAUGAGUUGCACCCAGAAGACUUUACUAAGAUCUCCGAGCUGGGCUCAGGCAAUUGGGGUGUGGUUAGUCGUGUGCGCUACAACCGGACUAACAUCAUAAUGGCCAAGAAGACCAUUCGGUUGGACAUUAAGCAUGAAGUAGGUACGCAAAUACUCCGAGAACUUGAGAUUCUACACGACUGCGCAUCGCCUUACAUUAUCGGUUUCUAUGGUGCGUUCCUGGCUGAUGGGAACAUCAACAUAUGCAUGGAGUAUAUGGAUGGAGGGAGUUUGGACAUGGUGCUGAAGCACGCCGGUCGAAUGCCCGAGCCAAUUGUGUCCCGCAUUCUAUAUGCCGUUCUUUGUGGCCUUGAAUAUCUACGCAAACAGCUCAGCAUGAUUCACAGAGAUGUGAAGCCGUCGAACAUUCUGAUGCGUCGAAAUGGUGAGAUCAAGCUGUGCGAUUUCGGAGCGAGCGGCAAGUUGAUCGACUCGGUGGCGCACUCCUUUGUAGGCUCACGGUCCUAUAUGGCGCCAGAGCGCAUUUCUGGUCAGUCCUACAACACAUCCUCGGAUGUGUGGAGCCUUGGAUUGACUCUCAUAGAACUAGCCACUGGUCGCUAUCCUAUCCCCGCUAUUGAGAACGAAACCCAAUACUAUACCGGAUUUUCUAAUGAUCGGCAGACCAACCUGAAGGAACACAUUGCUGCUGCUCGGGAGGGACGAAAACUGCCGCCCGUAACGACACCGGAACAGGCACCAUUGUCUAUUUUCGAGCUGUUGGUGCUUAUUGUGGAGCAGCCGCUGCCCCGCCUGCCACGAACAUGCUUCAGUGACGAUUUCAUAGACCUCGUAGCUUCUUGCCUACGCACAGAGAGCGUAGAGCGACCGUCGCUGGAGGUGCUUCAACACCACGCCUUUGUCGCCACGGUGGCAGGUCUGGUACCCGCCGGAGCGAAUCGACGCAGCAGCAUUCGAUUCCGCGAUUUCUCCACCGCUGCUACUGCUCGUAAUGCACCUUGCGGCUCUCAAGACACUAAUGUCGAUUUGAAUAUGGACGAUAUCGCCUUCUACCUCUCUCACAUCUUACCACCUCAUGAUGGCAUCGGCUAG